UUGCCUUAUUUGGAAUGCGCCACUUCCAUUGACGACAGCCAUUCAAGGGCCGUCCGUUGUGUGGAGUUCUCUCAUUGUGGUCGGUACCUGGCAUCUGCAGGCUUCGAUUCUUGUGUGGUCAUCUAUAGCCGAGAGGAAGGCGAGGAGUUCGUGGAAUCGAACAAGCUGGAAGGCCACGAAAGCGAGGUCAAAUGCUGUGCGUUCUCACCAACAGACGAAUUUCUAGCUACCUGUAGUCGCGACAAAAGUGUAUGGUUCUGGCAAAUGGAUGAGGAUGAAGAUUUCCAAGUGUCUUCGGUGUUGCAACCUCAUACUCAGGAUGUUAAAUUUAUCGCUUGGCAUCCAUCAGAAGAAGUACGUUUCGGAAUGUCAAAAAUUGAAGAAAUUUCCGUCAUUAAUGUGAACUCCGCCGUGGAAGGUACGGUCGGCAGCAGAGUAUGGACGGUUAAAUGGAAUCACAACGGCUCCCUGCUUGCUAGCUGUGGUGAUGACAAAACUGUACGAAUAUGGAAGAAAACUAAGAAUUUGCCUUAUUUGGAAUGCGCCACUUCCAUUGACGACAGCCAUUCAAGGGCCGUCCGUUGUGUGGAGUUCUCUCAUUGUGGUCGGUACCUGGCAUCUGCAGGCUUCGAUUCUUGUGUGGUCAUCUAUAGCCGAGAGGAAGGCGAGGAGUUCAUGGAAUCGAACAAGCUGGAAGGCCACGAAAGCGAGGUCAAAUGCUGUGCGUUCUCACCAACAGACGAAUUUCUAGCUACCUGUAGUCGCGACAAAAGUGUAUGGUUCUGGCAAAUGGAUGAGGAUGAAGAUUUCCAAGUGUCUUCGGUGUUGCAACCUCAUACUCAGGAUGUUAAAUUUAUCGCUUGGCAUCCAUCAGAAGAAUUACUAGUCUCGUGCAGUUACGACUACUCGAUAGUGUUUUAUAAGUUUGAUGGCGAGGACUGGAUAACCCAGCAGAAAAUCCCUGAUGCUCAUAAAGGGACUGUGUGGUGUGCCGCGUUCGACUCCGAAGGACAUCGUUUGGUGACAGUUGGAGAAGAUCACGUUGUGCAGCAAAGUUUGUUGGUAGAGGAUACUCGUUUACCUCUAUACUCAGUUUCCUGGCACGCAGUGACUGGUCUUAUUGCUACCGGUGGUGGCGAUGGAACAAUACGGAUAUUCCGAGUCGUCGGUAAGGAGAACGAUGAGCGCCUUGAGCAAGUCAGUACAUUUGACACCGAUGCAAACGAGGUCAAUUGCGUAGCAUGGAAUCCAGCUCCGUCCGCCGAAGAGGAUUCGGAUAGGUGGAUUCUGGCUAGCUGUUCAGAUGAUGGAACAAUUAGGUUGUACGGUGUUCAUGUCUGA